UGAUCAGUUAUUUUACCCCCCGCGGCCCCUUUCUCUCCUCUCUCUCUCUCUCUCUCUCUCUCUCACGCGCGCUGAUACAGAUCCAAGCAUUCUCCAAAAAUCAAUUCGACAAAUUUCUCUCUGAUUUUCGUCGUUGCUGUGGUUUCUUCGUUUCUAUUGCGAUUGUUUUCUGAAGGGGCCCUUCCUUCUUUCUCCUUGAUUCCGUCAGGAGGGAAGGCCAUGUGAGAUAUUUUAAACUGAACAGAUAGUUACUUAAGGUCAAUUGAAUCAUUCCUUAAUCUAGUGUGUGUGGUGUGUGUGUGUGUGUGUGAAAUGAGUAGCAAGGCUAGUGGGAAAUUGGGGAGAACAAUGAGGGAUAGAUGCAUGAGUUCUUACCAGUUUUCACUUCACCUUUCUCCUGUUAUUUCUUUUUGGGAAUGUAGUGUGCGCAAAAUGAGGUAUUCAUUUAGACCCGAGUGGGUGUAGGUUUCAUAUAUAGAGUGUUCUUCUAGUUUCCAAGUUUUCAUUUAAGUUGUUGAGUAUUCGAAAUAAGUCACUAAGAAAAGGAAACAUAUAGGUAAUUAUAUAAUGUACACAUGUUAGGGAAGUUUUACUGGGAAAGCUAAAAGGAAGUUGGGAAAAUAGUAGAUUUUGGCAUUAAGUUAAGUGCGACUGGAUAUCAUGGAGUGUGCUAAAAUAACAGCUGGUGUUAGGAAAGCCAAGAAGAAACCGGUGAAGGAUGAGUUAGAUCGCAUUAAACAGGCCGAGAAGAAAAAAAGGCGCUUAGAGAAGGCUUUGGCUACUUCUGCAGCCAUUCGCUCUGAACUGGAAAAAAAGAAACUGAAAAAGAAAGAAGAGCAGGAGAGGCUUGAUGAAGAAGGCGCCGCAAUAGCUGAGGCAGUUGCACUGCAUGUCCUACUUGGUGAAGACUCGGACGAUUCAAGUAAAGUAGUACUAAAGGAGGAUGAAGGGUUGACCCGGUGGGAUUAUGCUAGCAACAUCAACAUUGUUGUGGGGGGAAGACAGCAGCUAGUUCAUUAUCAUGAUCUGUCAAAAUAUUCUUGUGAAAAUGUUGGAAGGGUCUCUGAUACUUGUCAAUAUGGGCACAUGUGGAAUCUCUGGGGAAACUCUAACUUGGUGACCUCGUCUGAUCAUCUGGCUAGCAGCCUCUACCCUCAAUAUUUGGGAGAAGAAGUUUGGGGUCCUGUUGGUUUAUCUGCUGGUCAUCUUGCUGCUCAGGCUGUUUCAUCCCUUAAGAUAGCUGAUGAUGCACGGGUAGAUGCUCUUGUCAUCAACCAUAUCUUAUGAGGGUAAAGGAACAAUCAUCUGUGGUCUAGUCACGUUGUGCUGCACUAGAUUAUGUUGUCCUGAAUAAUGUUCUGUAUAUGCAUGUCUGAAGUGAGUUCACCUAUCUUAGUUCUUGGAUCUCAAGCUUGUAUUAUCGCCAGGUUCAAACUUUGGCUUAGGAAUUUAUUAUGUUUUUUGUUAGUUGAGUCUUCGUCCCACUUUUCGCGACUUGGCUUAAUAGUUUAUGAUUUGCUCGUUCGGUAAAAUGACAUUUUACAACUGACCACAGCAAUAACUAAUUAUCUUUCAGGUGCUGUUGGAUAGCAAUUGCAUGUUUUGCUGGUUUC